AUGGCCGCCACCAAGUCAUCGUCCGCGUCCUUCCUGUUCGAGGUCCGGCCUCGAUCGUGCUCGGUUGCUGCGGCGCGACCGGUACGCAGUGUGAAGAGUGCCUCGGCUGCGCUGCGUCCCGUACCAGCGUUCUCCAUCGAAUCGCUCCAGAAGAACACCUACGUCAUGGGACCACCGAAGGCGCAAAAACAACGCUAUCUGAUCCAACCGAAGGCGACCUCUUUCCGAAUGUACUACGAGCGAGGUGAUCUGCCGAUUAAGAUGGAAUACCUGACCGGUGGCGAUAAGAUCGCCUGGACGGUGGACAUCGACAAGCUUGACUAUGGCCUCUACCUGCCGCUGUUCUUCGAUGGGCUCUCCGAGACACGCCACCCGUACAAAACGUACGCCCGGCAGGGUGUGCAGGAUCUGUUGGCGCACGGAGGGGACAAAAUUUAUCCCGUCAUUCCACAGCUAAUUAUCCCCAUUAAAAAUGCGCUCAACACGCGCAACAUGGAGGUGAUGUGCGUUACGUUGAAAAUCAUCCAGCAGCUCGUAAUGUCGUCGGAUUUGAUUGGCCCCGCCCUGGUACCAUUCUAUCGUCAGCUGCUGCCAAUGUUUAACGCCUACAAGGUGAAAAACAUCAACUCGGGUGAUGCAAUUGAUUAUGGCCAGAAGAACAACAUGAACGUGGGCGACCUGAUCGAUGAAACGCUGCAGGUACUGGAACGGCACGGCGGCGAGGACGCAUUCAUCAACAUCAAGUACAUGGUACCGACGUACGAGUCCUGCUACCUAAACUAAAGACCGAAAGUGGUUGAGAGGAAUUGUGUGUAAGUUAAUGUCGUGUUGUUGGCGCGAUGCACGAUGGUCUCGGAGUUCUCCGACAUCCACUGGUGCAAACACGAGCCUGUGACUGCUUCACUACAAUUGUUCGCAUGCAUGCCAGGAUGCCAGCGGACGGAGGCAUCGAUCGACAGUGU